AUGAAUAUUUCGAAGUUACUUUCUAAUUCUAAAACUGAAUGUCUUGCUAGAUAUUCCAGUAGUUCCAGCAAGGCGAAAUAUAAAUCGCAUAAAAGGCGAAGGAAAACGAAAGAGCAUCAAAAACACAAGUUUAAACGGAAAUAUUCUUCAGGCUCUAGUUCAUCUGAAGGAAACCAACAUGAGAAAGAAAAUGUGAAGAACAGGUUGUAUGCACCAGUAUCUGAUGAAACAGGUCAUGAUAGGACUUGUGGUCAGGAACGAGGAGUAAAAUCAAAUGAGCCACAUUUUAUUAGUCUUGAUAGAGAAGUUGCUGCGUGGAGGUUCGGUCCAGCCCGUUAUUGGUAUGAUGCAUUGGGUGUUCCGGAAGAUGGAAAAGGAUUUGAUUUUGGUAUGAAGAUCGGUGACCCAAAUGAUAAGUUAGGAGAUGAUUUUCCUGAUGAUGUUUAUUUAAUGGUCUCCCAAUUACAUUGGGAAGAUGAAGUAAUAUGGAAUGGGGAUGAUGUUAAAGAUUCCGUUAUGCAGAGACUAAAAUGCAAAAGUAACAUUGCUGGGUGGGUUCCAUACAGUAACCAUCGCACUGCCCCUAACCUGUCUGGAAAAAAUGUUGCACGUUAUGUUGGAGAUUCAAAUUUUUCAGUCAACAAGCAAAAUAUUAAUGUAAAUAAACUCAACAGCAAACCGGCAGAUACUGAUCCUUUGAAUAAGCAUGAUCAAACAACCUCUGAUAAUCAAGAACAUCCAUGGUAUUCAAUUUUCCCUAUAGAAAAUGAAGAGCUUGUUAAAGGUAUAUGGGAAGAUGAAGUUAUUUGGGAUCCCGAGAACAUGCCCCGUAUUCCAGAACCAAAAAUACCUACUUGGGAUGCCAAUGAUCCUAACCUGAAUUUCAUGAAUCCAGAGGAAGUCAAUCCUCCCAAACGGCAUGUAGAUUCAACAAAUCCAUCCAAAGUUAAGAUACUCCAUCCUCAUGUAAAUAAAUCAAAAAUAUUGCUGGGAAAAGCAGGUGUAAUUAAAGUAAUGGAAGAUGAUGCUCCCCCCACUCCUCCUGAAUCACCCAAUAGAGAUCCAUUCAAUGUGUCUAAUGAUAAAUAUUACAUGGCCCGUUCUUCAGAAUUAACAUUGAGACUACAAAUAAGUGGCAGCCACCUUAUACGGCAUGCUACUCCAGUGAUGGAGCUUAGAACGCCAUUUGUUCCUACGUACAUGGGACCAUUGCGCCUUCAAAAUUUUCAUCGUCCUAUUCUUAAGAGGUUUUCACAUGGCCCUCUAUCUCAUUUGGGCCAUCAUUUUGUUCUGCCAUUAGCAAAACAUAUUCAAAAAAAAGCAAAACGGAGAGUGAAAGAACGUGAUGCAGCAGGUGGAGGAGAGAUAUUUUUUAUGAGAACAGAUAAAGAUUUAAGCGGUCGGGAUGGUGAUAUAAUUCUUGUGGAAUUUUCUGAAGAGCAUCCUCCCUUAAUGAAUCUUGUUGGAAUGUGUUCAAGAAUAAAGAACUAUUACAAGAGGAAAGCUGACAAAGACCAAGCGUUACCAGAAUAUCACUAUGGAGAACUUGUAUUCGCUCACACUUCUCCUUUUUUGGGAACUUUGGAACAGGGGCAGUCUUUACAAGCCAUUGAGAACAACAUGUAUCGGGCCCCAAUUUAUGAACACAAAGUUCCUGCUACAGAUUUUCUAAUAAUCAGAACAAGAAAACAAUAUUAUAUUCGAGAAAUAAAUGCUCUAUUUGUAGCUGGUCAAGAAUGUCCUUUAUAUGAAGUUCCUAGUCCCAAUUCAAAGAAGGCUGGGAACUUCAUUAAGGAUUUUUUGCAAGCUUUUAUUUAUCGUUUAUUUUGGAAAAGCAAUGACAGCCCUAGGAGAAUAAAAAUGGAGGAUAUACGUAAGGCAUUUCCCUCUCAUUCUGAAAGCAGCAUUCGAAAAAGAUUGAAAUUAUGUGCUGACUUUAAAAGAACUGGAAUGGAUUCAAAUUGGUGGGUUUUGAGGUCUGAUUUUCGAUUGCCCUCUGAGGAGGAACUUCAAGCUCUAGUUACACCAGAACAAUGUUGUGCCUAUUUUAGCAUGCUAGCUGCUGAACAGAGAUUAAAAGAUGCAGGUUAUAGAGAAAAUUUUUUGUUUGCUCCUCAAGAUGAUGAUGAUGACAAUGGAGAAGAAGAAAUGCAACUUCGAAUGGAAGAUGAAGUAAAAGUUGCACCAUGGAAUACUACCAGAGCAUUUAUUCAAGCUGUUCAGGGAAAGUGUUUGUUACAGUUAACUGGACCAGCAGAUCCUACUGGUUGUGGGGAGGGAUUUUCAUAUGUGCGAGAACCAAACAAACCCAUUCAACACAAAGAAGAAAACAGGGCACAACCUAAGAAGACUGUAUCUGGAACUGAUGCUGAUUUACGCAGACUCUCCCUAACUAAUGCAAGAUCACUUCUUAAAAAGCGUGGCUUAAUAGGGGAGGAUAUAAAGAGGCUAACACGGUGGGAGGUAAUUGAUGUGGUAAGAACAUUGUGCACAGAGAUGGCAAAGGCUGGAGAAGAAGAAAUGACUAAAUUUUCUCGUGGCAAUAGGUUUUCUAUUGCUGAGCAUCAUGAACGAUACAAGACUGAAUGUCAGAGAAUAUUUGAUUUACAAAAUCAAAUUCUUUCGUCCUCUGAAAUUCUUUCUUCCGAUGAAGCGGAAAGUUCCAACAAUGAAAAUUCUGACAUUGAGGAGAUGGGCAAAAAUAUAGAAAACAUGUUGUCCAAUAAGAAGUCGAGCUGUCAGUUGUCAUUGGAAAGGGAAGAAGAGGAACGCAAAGAAUUGAGGAGAAUGUUAGCUGAUGAAAAAAAUGAAAAUAAUCGGCCGAAUAAAGGCAAAAGAGAUGAAAAAGAAGACCAAUCUUGUUCAACUUCUAAAGCUUCUUUGUCAGGAAAGAUUUUGAAGAUAUAUCGGACAUUCUGCAGUGCAGAGGGUAAGGAGUAUACAAGAAUUGAAUUUGUAAGAGAUCCUGCUGUUGUCGAGUCAUAUGUAAAAAUUAGAACAAUGAAAGAUGAAGCAUUUAUUAAACAAUUUGCGACUCUAGAUGAGCAUCAGAAAGAAGAAAUGAAACGUGAGAAACGUUGCAUCCAAGAGCAACUUCGGAGAAUUAAACGCAUUCAGGAAAGGGAACAAAUGAUGAAAAUUAAAUCUGAUGUCUUAUCAGAUUUUGGCUUUCCUGAAGAUAGUAUGCCCACAUUUAAUAGCAAUUUUGCAGCUUCCACACCUUUGGAAAAUACACCGGCAGAGUUGCAAGCCAAAGAAUCCCCACAUUCUUACAUGCCAAAAAGGAAGAAGCCCAAAUUGAAACCAGAUUUAAAAUUAAAGUGCGGAGGAUGUGGAAGUGUUGGUCAUAUGAAAACAAAUAAAGCGUGCCCUUUGUAUCAACCAUCAUGUGUACCACCGGUUAAUGUUGCCAUGACUGAGGAACAAGAGGAAGAAAUGGAAAAAAGUUUGAAUGAUGAUGAACACUUAAUUAAUAUAGAUGGAACAAAAGUAAAACUAUCUUGGAAAUUAAUUAAACAUGCUGAAGAUAUGAAACGAUAUACUUUGGUUCUGAAGGUGCCAAAAGAUUUAGCUAACACACCCAAGAGAAGACGUUCUGUGAAUGAUAUGCAUUGUGAUUACUUAACUCGGCAGCCCCAAACAGUCAAUAGGCGACGCACUGAUCCAGCUGUGGUUAUGUCAUCCAUUUUGGAAACAAUACUCAAUGAAAUGAGAGAUAUGCCUGACAUUCAGCCAUUUCUUUUUCCAGUUAAUGUGAAAAAUGUACCUGAUUAUUAUUCAUUUGUUACAAAACCAAUGGAUUUGCAAACAAUUCGUCAGAAUAUAAGGCAAAAUAGAUACAGAAACAGGGAAGAAUUUCUUGCUGAUGUUAAUCAAAUUGUGGAAAAUUCAACGCUUUAUAAUGGUGCAAAGAGUUCUUUAACUGAUGCUGCCAGACAAUUGUUAACUUAUUGUGUGGAGCGUAUGAAAGAAAAAGAGGAUAGACUGAUACAUUUGGAGAAAGCUCUUAAUCCUUUGCUUGAUGAUGAUCAAAUUGCCCUUACAUUUAUUUUAAAUAAUGUAAUGUGUAAAUUGAAGGGGAUGCCAGAAUCUUCCCCAUUUCUCAAACCUGCCAAUAAAAAGAUUAUGAAAAAUUACUAUGAUGUAGUGAAGGAACCAAUGGACUUGGAAAUGAUUGCCAAAAAUGUCACUGCACACAAAUAUCAGAGACGGGAGGAAUUUUUAUCAGAUGUCAAUAAAAUUCUUCAGAAUAGCAUCCUUUACAAUGGUGAAACAUCUGAAAAUACGAUGAAAGCCAAGGCAUUGGUUAGUGUAUGCCGUGCAGUGUUGGAAGAAUAUGCAGAUAAUCUCACAAAAUUAGAAGCAAAUAUAAUUUUGAAUCAGCAGAAUGCCUACGAUACUGUGGAAAUUGACUCUCCUCAGACAAAUGAAUAUGGUGACGAAAGUUCUAACAUUACAGAGACCAAUGUAGGGCAAAAAGUUAAAAUAGAUAGUGAGUUGGGAGAAUCUUCUUGUGCUAAUUCAGAUGUGGUUAAUGCUGAGAGAGAUAAGAGUAAUGUUGGUGAUAGUUCCCUCUGGGAAGAUUUGAGGUUUUCUAGUGAUGAAGACAUGGAAAAAGAAAUGGACUUACUUAGUGGUCCAUUAAGUGAAGAAACUGUGCAAGACAAAGAUUCAAAUAACUGUUCACGAAAUUCUGUAGCAUCUGAAGAACAAGAACUCAUGGACGUUGAUUCACUUUCUGAUUCCGAUUCAGAUGAGUCUCUAAAUAAUGGUAUAAAUUCCGUUGAAACAAAAGAUGAACCAAAAAAUAGGCAGCAAGACCAUGAAUAG